UAAUCUCUGGGCUCUUCAUGGGUAGUCCUGCCCCCAGAGUAAAUAAUGAUACACAAACACACAGACAGCAAAGCUUGCAGAUCAUCCAAUCAUCUUCUCACACGGCCUCAUACAGAUCUACAGGGACACCGAGCACCAGGGAACAAGAGAUUACAUUUAAUAUAAACACCAGGGAUACCAUGGUCAGAACAUUGAACAAUAUGAAGGAGCUGAGAGGUUCUAGUUUUGGUCGUCCCUGGCCGAGGCACGGACUCAAGCUCCUUUUCUGGUUUGCCAACGAUUACAUCGUCUUCAACGAUGACAACCAGAUGGUUGCAGAUCCCGACCCCAAAGAGGGAGACUUUGGUUUCCAUCACUUCCAGAACAGGCGUGAGUGUGAAAACAAUGUCUGCAAGAGGCUGCUUCCUUAUGAUGGCUACCCAUUCUAUGAGGUGGGCAACCUCCACCUCCCAACAUCUAAAUCAUUGCCUAAAUAUGUCAGGAAGUACAACACUGGUAACAUAGAUACCAGCAACAUGGACCGUCUCAUCAUCAGUAUGCGUCCAGACAUGACAGUGGAUAAGGUCUAUGUGACCCAGCACGAGGACCUGAGGAGCUUCGACCCGGUCAACACCUAUUGCAUCAGCAGGGGGUUGCUCAUGAUCAUAUGUGGCCAUUCAUUGAGUAACUUCCUGGAACAGGCGGGCUAUUCCACCCAUGAGCAAAAUGUAAUUAUGUAUCAGGGCAUCGCCCCCAGGGAGUCUGGGGAUACUAGGAUUGAUAUGGAAGGUGGAUCCAGAGCUCCACCCAGAGCUGCACCCAGAGCUCCACCCAGAGCUGCACCAGGCUUCUGGGAAAGCCACUGUACCAUACUGUAACCAGGCUUCUGGGAAAGCUACUGUACCAUACUGUAACCAGGCUUCUGGGAAAGCUACUGUACCAUACUGUAACCAGGCUUCUGGGAAAGCUACUGUACCAUACUGUAGAUCAGUGUCCUUUAGUCCUGGUCCUGGCGACCCUGAAGGGGGGAACUUUUUAGUUUAUUGCCCCAGCACAUUGCUGUUCAUUAUGGUAUGUUCAUUUUCACUAAUACAUUUAGUAAUUUAUCAGACACUCUUAUCCAGAGUGACUUCAGUGCAUUAAACUAAAGGCAGAUAAACAACAACAUCCUGUAUCACAGUCAUAGCAAGUCAACUGUUUCUGUUAUCAUUACUGAGAGGGUUGUUGCUGUUGGUGUCUGCUACUGGCUAAUGUACUUCUGUAUUUUAAAAUACAAAAUACAUGCAUUUUAAUUAAAUACACUUGAAAAUACAA